AUGGCGAUAACUUUACCAACCGGGCAGCGAUCUCCCAUGAGGCCUACAAAUCCGACGACGCUCUUUAGCGUCGCCGCUGGAGCCGCUGCGGCAUGGGUCCUCUACCGAUGGUAUUCGCCCCCGAAGCCCGACCAGGAAGGACUUCCAUUUCCUUAUGAAGAUGCGGAGCGCGACGUCCAGAGGAAAGCAGAGACAUCGAAAUCGCCCUCUGGCGCCGCCAAAAAUACUCAGUAA